AUGAACAUCCUAGCGCAGGACUGGAUAGCCGCCAGUAUCCUCACGGUGGCGCUUUUCGCCUACUUUGAAACACUUGGCCCCUUUUUCCGCCAGUUUCGCCUUGACGACGCGUCGCUCCAACACCCUUUUGCCUACCACGAACGUGUUUCCGACACAAAACUCUACUUGGUGUCGUAUCUUCUCCCCCUGGCGCUUAUAAUAGCAGCCCAAACGGCCCGCCGCCGCUUUGCGCUCAAAGCAGCACCUACAGCGCCGGCAUUGCUCGGGCUCGUGCUUGCCAUAGCCGCCACCGGCAUCACCACCGACGUGCUCAAGGUGUGGAUCGCCAACCCGCGGCCCGACUUCUUGGCCCGCUGUGGUGCCGGCCGGAACCCCUGUGGCCGAAUUUGUGACUGUGGAAGUGUGCACAGCGCCGCUUGGGCUGAUGUAUUUGGCCGACGGCAUGAAACUGACGCCGCUGGGCCAUCUGCUGGUGGCGUUUGCAGCCAUGUUCUACGUGUUUUUGUGGCUUGGCGCCGAGGGCAGGUUGCCUGGCCCCUUCUGGCUCACCGAGUUUGUGCGGACGGCUCCGCUUGCAGUGGCUGCGUACAUUGCCUUGUCACGCACACAGGACUACCGCCACCACUUCAAGGACAUUGUGCUUGGGCUGGCGAUCGGCGUGGGCGGCGCUUGGUUGAUGUACAAAAAGUACCAUGGGACGGCCGAGCGAUGAGAAUAAAGAGAGAAGAAUAA